CUCAGUGUGUCUGUGCUAGCGUUAGCAGAGUAAUGUUGUAGUUUUCUUUUCCUUCUUCGACUCUUGGAUGUGUGGAAAUGUCCGACUUUGAGGAUCUUAAAGCUUUAUUCGGACGGAGGCUGCUCGCUGCGGUUAUCAGAGACCUGAGAGGACGAGAAACCAGAUCUGAAUACGAAGAGGAGCUCCACCGCCAGAGAAAGCUGCUGGAUGUGAUUUUAAUCCCUGAGAUAAAGCUGCACAGAGCAGAUGUUCAGCAACUGUUGGUUAAACAAGAAAACCUACAGAUUAAGACUGAAGAGCCUUCUGAACCUCAGCCUGAAGACAGUGAGGAUGACUGGAAGAAGACCGCAGAAGAUUUGUCAGCUGAAAACACUGUGGAAAAUAUUAAAAAUGAGAGACAAAAGUCCAACAACUGCUCUUGGUGUGGUAAAACACUUGAUACAAAACAGAAUCUGACCCAACACAUGACACGUCACAGGGACAAAGUCUACAGCUGUUCUGUUUGUGACCCGAGAUUCUCUUUGUAUAAUCAACGACAAAAACAAACGGAAGAGAAGAGAGAGGCAGAAACAGGAGCUGAUGGAGAGGACUGUAGAGGAGCAGAUCCAGCCAGGAACUCAGAUCCAGGAAGACAUUUACAACCAGACACUGGGAUCAAGACUGAGGACUUGUCUGGAGCUGAGACUGACGACAGUGAUGAUUGGAAGAAGACUGCAGAAGAUUUGUCAGCUGUAAACGCUGUGGAAGGUAUUAAAAAUGAGAGACAAAAGUUAUGUAAAAAAUCCAACGACUCCUCUUGGUGUGGUAAAACACUUGAUACAAAACAGAAUCUGACCCAACGCAUGACACGUCACAGGGACAAAGUCUACAGCUGUUCUGUUUGUGACCCGAGAUUCUCUUUGUAUAAUCAACGACAAAAACAAACGGAAGAGAAGAGAGAGGCAGAAACAGGAGCUGAUGGAGAGGACUGUGGAGGAGCAAAACCAGCCAGGAACUCAGAUCUAGGAAGACAUUUACAACCAGAGACUGGGAUCAAGACUGAAGACUCAGUCUCAGUGUCAGUCUCUGAAACUGAGACUGAUGACAGUGAUGAUUGGUGGGAGACCAGAGAGCAUCAAGCAGGCUUAAAACACAUUAACAAAAACGUAAAUAAAAGAAAAAAGAAGGAACAAAGUUUGCAUAGCUGCUCUGAGUGUGGUCAAACAUUCACAAGGAAACGAAAUAUGUCCAAACACAUGAGAAUCCAUACAGGAGAGAAACCGUUCAGCUGUUCUGUUUGCAAUAAAAGAUUUAAGCGUAAGGAUGGUCUAACCAGGCACAUGUUGAUUCACAAAGAAGAGAAACCGUUUAGCUGCUCUGUUUGUGACAAAAGAUUUCCGUGUAACACUAUACUAACCAGGCACAUGAUUAUUCACUCAGGAGAGAGAGCUUUUAGCUGCUCUGAGUGUGGUAGUAGAUUUUACGAUAAGGGAAAUCUGACCAAACAUAUGUGCAUUCACAUGGGAAGGAAGCAAAAUGAUUCUCUCUGUUGCUCUGAGUGUGGCAAAACAUUUACAGUCAAACGUGACCUGACCAGGCACAUCAGAAUUCACACAGGAGAGAAACCUUUCAGCUGUUCCCAGUGUGGUAAAAGCUUCAACCGAGAAUUAACUUUAACCAGACACAUGAUGAUUCAUUCAGGAGAGAAACCUUUCAGCUGUUCUGUUUGCAGCACAAGUUUUACCCGAAAGUUUACUCUUCAUCUUCACAUGGCAAGGCACGUAAGGGCGGGGGUAAAUCCGAGGCAAAUGUUGGUUCACACUGAAGGAAUUCCCUCCAACAAUGCUGAGACCAGUCAGUGUUAGAUGACAGAGUGAUCUGACUGGAUGAUGACUGGAAGCAGAACAGAGAACAUUUAAAAUCUUGGAAUCUGUGAAGGCCUUUUCAGGCACAUAAGACAUCAUCUUGAUCUGAAAUCACCCAGCCUCUGAGGGUACUUCUACACCACACUCCAAAUUAUUAUGCACAUUGGAUUUUAGUGUCAUAAACUUUCAAAUUUUUGAAAUCCGGACUUCACACUCACAAAGCAGCUCAGGAAGCAGCUGUAGAUUGAAUGCAGGCAGAACAACACUGAGAGAGAACUCAGAGGUUUCCAUCUAAAGCCUGAGACGACCUGGGAAAGACAUCUAUGUUCCCUGUUGUUGCGUGAUAACCAUUUUUUAUUUUGCAGCAGUAACAGGAAAUCCGGACUUCACACCCACAAAGUAGCUCAGGAAGCAGCUGUAGAUUGAAUGCAGGCAGAACAACACUGAGAGAGAAUGCAGAGGUUUCUAUCUAAAGCCUGAGACGACCUGGGAAAGACAUCUAUGUUCCCUGUUGUUCACAAACAAACAAUAAAACAUGAAUAGAAUUUCAUAUAUCAUUUAAUGUAUGUAGAAUAACAUAGGGACUUGAUUUGCCAGAAAUGAAGGGAUGAAAAUGUUUUGGAAUCAAAAGGAGAGUUGGAGAAAUGAGAAAAGCAAGAACAAAUAGGAGGAAUUAGAUAAUUAUAUCAGGAUUAAGAUGUGGACGUAGUGGGUUAAAGAGUGCAACACACAGGUGGAAAUGAUUAUUGUGGAUAGGAAGAAAAAGUGAAACAUUAGGCGGCGGAGAAGCAUCAUUUAAUUUGCCGACUGCUUAUAAACCUCACCAAAGAAGAAGAAAAAAGGCAACAACAAACUCCAGUUAAUUUUUUAACGAAAUAAAAUAAUAAUUGAAACUUCUGAAAAAAAUCUUACUGAGCGAGGGAAUGCAAACAUUUGGAUAACAGAACAUUAAUGUUGUUUAUCUUGUGUGAUAACCAUUUUUUGUAUUAGCCUAGAGCAGGGGUUCAAAUUUUUGUUUUUCAAUUAAACUCAUGAAUGGUAUUGUGUCUCAGUGCUCUCUGGAUCACUAAAAUCAAUCUCAGGCACCUGUGAUCAUUAGUUUGCCAGGUGAGCCCAAUUAAAGGAAAACUGCUUAAGAA